AUGAAAACGGUUGUCGGUCAAGUACACACGCAUGUUGAGGACAUUUUUCGACUUACCGACAAGGGAAUUCUCGAUGAAAAGAUUUCCUUUGCAUGCCGAAAAGGGGAAGUCAUCAAAAGGAUUUUUGUCAUUUUCGUUGGCGGUCUGAUUGUUGACAAAAGCAGCUAUAUCGCUGCGAUCAUUCAUGGCAUUGAAUUGCUGAAGGAGUUGUUUGAAACCCAAAAAUAUCGAAAUCGGGAAAUCUUGGCCGUU